AUGAAGGACUCGAGCUCGUCGGCGCCUGCCGGGCGGGCCAUGUACGCGACGCUCGCCGCCUGCAUCGUCGGGAUCGUCCUCUACUGCUCCUUAGCUUUGCCGAGUUACGGCGUCCCCUCGUUCGAGCUGCCGGCUUGGACGUCCAAGAUCACUUCCGACCCGGGCCUGCUCUUUCGCUCUUCCCCGUCCUCGAGCGGCUCGCUCGAGCUCCUCGCCUCGACCAGUUGCGCCGCCUCGCCGACCUUGCUCGCCGAGUACGGGCAGCACAAUCUGCGCAUGGCGCAAGUCCACGUCGGUUCCGGCUACCGCGUUCAGAAGGUGCUGCAGAAGGCGGCGCGAGGCGAGCGCGUGCGCGUCGGCGUCCUCGGCGGGAGCGUCUCGCUCGGCCACGGUACCGACCCUAAAACCGGGCACCGCAACAAGUACGGCGCCGUGCCGCACGAGGCGCAGUGGCACCAGCUCGUCCUCGCGCACCUCGAGCAGACGUUCCCGCAGGCCGACAUCGAUGGAGAAGACCUCGACCUCAUCGCCGUCGAGAUGGCGGUCAACGACGAGUUCUCGAACGGCAUGGACUCGGUCGAGAACCUGCUGCGGUCGCUCCUCAACCUCGACAGCGAGCCGGCUGUCCUGUUCGUCGACUUCUUCGCGCUCCAGAGCGGUUCGGCGCAAAAGACGAUCCUGUCGGGCCAAGACGUGCAGAACUCGCUGGCGAGCUGGUACGACGUUCCUCAGAUCUCGGCUCGCCCAGCUCUUCUGCAAGCCAUGAUCCGCGACCCUGCACUCGCCGAGCCGCUGUUCCUCGGAGAUUUGCGGCACGGAACGCAGGUCGUCCACCGGUUCGUCGGCAACAUGGUCGUCGGCUACCUGCAGGAGGAGCAGUGUCGAGCCGAGCGCUUGGGGCUCGAAGAGCACGACGACGGGCGCGACGAGGACGUGGCUAAAGCGUGGCUCGGGCGAGACGGUCUUGGGAAGGUCCCGUCGGUCAAGCUCAACGAGGGCUGGGAUACCAAGAUCGAGCAUCCGACCAAGCCGCCGACUUGCGGCGUCGCCGGCGCCGGGCUCGAGCCUGUCGAGCCGUCGCCCGACUGGCAGCUGUUCAACUGGAAGUACUCGAAAUACUUCUGGGAGACGACCGUCCCCUCCUCGAGCACCAUCGCCUUUGCCGCCGUCGUGCGCGAGGGAGCUCAAGGCCUCCUCGCCGUCUCCUACCUUCGCUCUCGCCAGUACGACCUCGGCAAGGCGCGAUGCUCGGUCGAGGGGCAGGAGGUGACACUCGAUGGCAGCUGGCAGCGGAGCACGUCGGUCGCGCAGACGGCCAUCGUCGCUCGCGGUCUCGCGCCCGGUCGGCACGAGGUUCGCUGUCGGACGCUUCCUCGAGCGAAGGAGGGUGGUGGGACUGCUUUCCGUUUGAUGGGCGUCAUGACCUUGUAG